GUUGGGUGCAAGAUUCGCCUUUUCUGCUCGGAUCUUCUCCGCCCAGGAUUCAUUGUCUGUGGAGCCUUCUGGGGGUGGGGAGGGAGCUGCGCCUCCGCCGCCGCCGCUGCCUCUGCUGCUGCGGUCGCUAGCGCGGCGCGCAGGGCAGGCGGAAGCUGGGCAGUGGAUGCGCUCCUGCCUCCCCCGCCAGCGCUUCGGGCUUCCCCUCGGCCGCUUCCCGCCGGAACCUCUCCAGGUGUCCACCUGAAGGGCACGGGCAUCAUGGUCUAACGCGGCACCUGCCUGGAAUCCCCUCUUUCUCCUCUUCUCCUCCUUCACCCCUCUUCUCCUCCGAGGACCCUCGUGCCCACUCCACUGCGGACCCCCGAACACUUUAAGGAAUAACCCUUGGCAGCUGCACGAUUCACUCUCUCCGGAACCUCAUGGGCAGUUUCUCCCGCCGGCGAUGAUGGAGAACCUAAUAAGGGGAAGGAAUCCCCCACAAUAUCAGAGAAGUCCUUGUAAAGAAGUUCGUGCAGCCCUUCGGAAGAGGCCUGAAGAGGAGUUGCAGUGCCUGGAGAUGACCACCAAGCGGAAAAUCAUCGGCCGUCUGGUGCCGUGCCGAUGUUUCCGAGGUGAAGAAGAAAUCAUCUCAGUUUUAGAUUACUCCCACUGCAGCCUUCAGCAGGUGCCAAAGGAGGUCUUUAACUUUGAACGGACAUUAGAGGAACUUUACCUAGAUGCCAAUCAAAUUGAAGAGCUACCAAAGCAAUUGUUCAACUGUCAAGCUCUAAGAAAACUAAGUAUUCCUGACAAUGACCUUUCAAAUCUGCCAACCACUAUUGCUAGUUUAGUUAACCUUAAAGAACUCGACAUCAGUAAAAAUGGUGUACAAGAAUUUCCAGAAAACAUAAAGUGCUGUAAGUGUUUAACAAUUAUUGAAGCCAGUGUCAAUCCAAUUUCUAAACUCCCUGAUGGCUUCACACAGCUUCUAAACCUGACCCAGCUCUACCUGAAUGAUGCCUUUCUUGAAUUUCUUCCAGCCAAUUUUGGAAGACUUGCCAAAUUGCGGAUAUUGGAGUUAAGAGAAAAUCACUUGAAAACUCUACCAAAGUCAAUGCACAAACUGGCCCAGUUGGAAAGACUUGACCUAGGCAAUAAUGAAUUCAGUGAGCUGCCUGAAGUUAUGGAUCAAAUACAAAAUUUAAGGGAGCUGUGGAUGGAUAAUAAUGCAUUGCAAGUGCUACCUGGGUCUAUAGGGAAGUUAAAGACGUUGGUAUACCUGGAUAUGUCAAAAAACAGAAUAGAAACGGUUGACAUGGACAUUUCUGGAUGUGAAGCCCUGGAGGACCUCUUAUUGUCAUCCAAUAUGUUGCAACAGUUGCCUGACUCUAUAGGUUUGUUGAAAAAACUAACUACUCUAAAAGUAGAUGACAAUCAACUUACAAUGCUACCCAAUACAAUCGGAAAUUUAUCUUUAUUAGAAGAAUUUGACUGUAGCUGUAAUGAACUGGAGUCACUACCUUCUACUAUUGGCUACCUUCACAGUCUUCGAACAUUAGCAGUCGAUGAGAAUUUCCUUCCAGAAUUACCCAGAGAAAUUGGAAGCUGUAAGAAUGUAACAGUUAUGUCUCUACGCUCCAAUAAACUGGAAUUUCUUCCUGAAGAAAUUGGACAGAUGCAGAAACUAAGAGUCUUAAAUUUGAGUGACAACAGAUUGAAGAAUUUACCAUUCUCAUUUACCAAACUUAAGGAGCUUGCAGCUUUGUGGCUUUCUGACAAUCAGUCCAAAGCCCUUAUCCCUUUACAAACUGAAGCCCAUCCAGAAACAAAGCAAAGAGUAUUGACUAACUACAUGUUUCCACAGCAACCUCGUGGUGAUGAAGAUUUCCAGUCAGACAGUGACAGCUUUAACCCUACACUGUGGGAAGAACAGAGACAACAACGCAUGACUGUUGCCUUUGAAUUUGAAGAAAAAAAGGAAGAUGACGAAAAUGCUGGGAAAGUUAAGGAUCACUCCUGCCAAGCCCCCUGGGAAAGGGGCCAGCGUGGGAUUACUCUCCAACCUGCCAGACUGUCUGGCGAUUGCUGCACACCAUGGGCCAGGUGUGAUCAGCAGAUCCAAGAUAUGCCCGUCCCCCAGAAUGACCCACAGCUGGCAUGGGGUUGUAUAAGUGGCCUCCAGCAGGAAAGGAGCAUGUGUACUCCAUUGCCAGUUGCAGCACAAUCCACCACUCUUCCCUCUCUAAGUGGCAGACAGGUUGAAAUAAACCUAAAACGAUAUCCAACUCCUUACCCAGAGGAUUUAAAGAAUAUGGUAAAAUCUGUUCAAAAUCUGGUGGGUAAGCCAAGCCAUGGAGUACGUGUUGAGAAUUCAAAUCCAACUGCUAACACGGAGCAAACUGUGAAAGAAAAAUACGAACACAAGUGGCCUGUAGCCCCAAAGGAGAUUACAGUGGAGGAUUCUUUUGUUCAUCCAGCUAAUGAAAUGAGGAUUGGGGAACUUCACCCUUCAUUAGCUGAGACCCCUCUGUACCCACCCAAACUUGUUCUGCUAGGGAAGGACAAAAAAGAAUCAACCGAUGAGUCUGAAGUUGACAAAACUCACUGUCUGAAUAACAGUGUUUCCUCAGGCACUUACUCAGACUACUCGCCUUCCCAGGCUUCCUCAGGAUCCUCUAACACCCGGGUUAAAGUGGGGUCCUUGCAGACAACAGCUAAAGAGGCAGUACAUAAUUCUUUGUGGGGUAACAGGAUUGCACAAUCUUUCCCACAGCCUCUUGAUGCAAAGCCAUUGCUCAGCCAGAGGGAGGCUGUCCCCCCAGGGAAUCUACCACAGCGUCCUGACCGGCUGCCAUUGAGUGACACUUUCACUGACAACUGGACUGAUGGCUCACAUUAUGAUAACACAGGGUUUGUUGCAGAGGAAACCACAGGCGAGAAUGCCAACAAUAAUCCUCUCCUGAGUUCAAAAUCUAGAAGCACAUCUUCUCAUGGACGCAGGCCUUUGAUUAGGCAGGAUAGGAUUGUUGGUGUUCCCCUGGAACUUGAGCAGUCUACACACAGACACACACCAGAAACAGAAGUGCCUCCUUCCAAUCCUUGGCAGAAUUGGACCAGAACCCCUAGUCCUUUUGAAGACAGGACUGCUUUCCCUUCCAAAUUAGAGACAACCCCUACCACCAGCCCAUUGCCUGAAAGGAAAGAACAUAUAAAAGAAUCUGCUGAAAUACCUAGUCCUUUUUCUCCAGGAGUACCGUGGGAGUAUCAUGAUUCUAAUCCCAACAGGAGUCUCAGUAAUGUCUUUUCUCAAAUCCACUGCCGCCCAGAAUCUUCUAAAGGUGUUAUUUCAAUUAGCAAAAGCACAGAGAGGCUUUCCCCACUCAUGAAAGACAUCAAGUCCAAUAAAUUCAAGAAGUCACAGAGUAUCGAUGAGAUUGACAUUGGUACAUACAAGGUUUAUAAUAUACCAUUAGAAAAUUAUGCCUCUGGGAGUGAUCACUUAGGAAGUCACGAACGACCUGACAAAAUGUUAGGACCAGAGCAUGGUAUGUCCAGUAUGUCCCGAAGCCAGUCAGUCCCGAUGCUGGAUGACGAGAUGCUCACUUAUGGAAGUAGUAAAGGGCCACAACAACAAAAAGCUUCCAUGACAAAAAAAGUCUAUCAAUUUGACCAAAGCUUCAAUCCCCAAGGAGCAGUGGAAGUUAAAGCUGAAAAGAGGAUACCGCCCCCAUUUCAACACAAUGCUGAGUACGUGCAACAGCCGGGAAAAAACAUCACCAAGGAUUUGGUUAGUCCUAGAGCUUACAGAGGAUACCCACCGAUGGAGCAAAUAUUUUCAUUUUCUCAGCCAUCUGUUAAUGAGGAUGCUGUGGUAAAUGCCCAGUUUGCAAGCCAAGGUGCCAGGCCAGGCUUCUUGAGAAGAGCUGACUCCCUGGCGAGUUCCACAGAAAUGGCCAUGUUUAGAAGGGUCAGUGAACCUCAUGAGCUGCCUCCGAAUGAUAGGUACGGCAGACCUCCGUAUAGGGGAGGUCUGGAUCGCCAAAGCAGCGUUUCAGUGACUGAGUCCCAGUUCCUGAAAAGAAAUGGCAGGUAUGAAGAUGAACACCCUUCAUAUCAAGAAGUGAAAGCUCAGGCGGGAAGUUUUCCAGUUAAAAACCUUACCCAAAGGAGGCCAUUGUCUGCAAGAAGCUACAGUACAGAGAGUUAUGGUGCCUCCCAAACCAGGCCAGUUUCAGCUAGGCCUACUAUGGCAGCUCUUUUGGAAAAAAUACCAUCUGACUAUAACUUGGGUAACUAUGGUGACAAGCCAUCAGAUAACAGUGAUAUAAAGACGAGGCCUACUCCUGUGAAGGGAGAGGAGAGCUGUGGUAAAAUGCCUGCAGACUGGAGACAACAGCUGCUUAGACAUAUAGAAGCUAGAAGGUUAGACAGGAAUGCUGCUUACAAACACAACACAGUUAACCUUGGCAUGCUGCCCUAUGGAGGUAUUUCAGCAAUGCAUGCAGGCAGAAGCAUGACUUUAAACUUGCAGACUAAGUCUAAAUUUGAUCUACAAGAACUACCUCUUCAGAAAACCCCGUCCCAGCAAAGCAACAUUUUAGACAAUGGACAAGAAGAUGUAUCUCCUAGUGGCCAGUGGAAUCCUUAUCCUCUUGGGAGGCGGGAUGUACCUCCGGACACCAUUACUAAAAAGGCAGGCAGCCACAUCCAGACCUUGAUGGGGUCCCAGAGCCUUCAGCAUCGUAGCCGGGAGCAGCAGCCGUAUGAGGGAAACAUAAACAAAGUGACCAUCCAGCAGUUUCAGUCACCAUUGCCUAUUCAGAUCCCCUCUUCACAGGCCACCCGGGGACCUCAGCCUGGACGGUGCUUAAUUCAAACUAAAGGGCAAAGGAGUAUGGAUGGUUAUCCAGAGCAGUUUUGUGUGAGAAUAGAAAAGAAUCCUGGCCUUGGAUUUAGUAUCAGUGGUGGAAUUAGUGGACAAGGAAAUCCAUUUAAACCUUCUGACAAGGGUAUCUUUGUUACUAGGGUUCAGCCUGAUGGACCAGCAUCCAACCUGCUGCAGCCUGGUGAUAAGAUCCUUCAGGCAAAUGGACAUAGUUUUGUACAUAUGGAACAUGAAAAAGCUGUAUUACUACUGAAGAGUUUCCAGAACACAGUAGACCUAGUUAUUCAACGUGAGCUUACUGUCUAAAUAUUUUUUAUAAAUAGUGAAGAUACGUCUAGCCAGACCUAAUGUUCAAAAAUAAAUUUAUACAUAGAGACAAAUUUUGCCAAUUGCUGGACCAAUGGCAAACAUUAGUGCCAAAUGUAUAAUACUAUAUGUUAGCACUGGUCAUCCUUAAAAAUGUUAACUAUAUAAAUAUGAUGUUCAUGUGGUUAUGUAUUAUUUUAACUGUCAGCCUCUGGCUGUGCAUUGGUGCAGUUUUGGUUUUGGUUUUUUUUUUUUUUUUCAAUCAAAUAAGUUUCUUCUUGAAGUGGACUUCAUAUAAUUUCGGAGCACGGAAGCACACACAAGCUCUUUACGAAUUCUGCUCUCCAUCAGAAACACUGCCUCAAAGUUGUAUAUGCCUUUAUAUAGAAAAUACAAAUAUAAAGAAUUGUAAUUCCCAUAAAAUAUUUCUAGCACAAGGUACAUGUUGGCAUAUAUACAAAAAGAAUAUAGAGAAAAAACAAUAUUUUCAUAAACUAAACAUCUCGGAUUGAGAAAGAAAAUAUAUCUUAAAAUAAGACUUUACUAUAUUGAAUCUUUUUCAAUAAAAAUUACAAGAUAAUGCCUUAUGAAAGCAACUGUACAUAUGGUAUAAAGUGUUUAUAUUUGGUUCCAUAUUCAUUUGCUAAAUUCUCAUAACACAGAGUGAAAUAUUUCAUAAAUUAGCCAUUUAUCUCUGGGACCUGAAUAAAAAUAGGACAAACUAAUUUGUUCAAUGCCUUUAGCUAAUUACAAAACAUGCAGAGUUAAGAAACAGACUAAAGGUCAUUGUAGAUAAAUCUUUUUCACCCCAAAUGUAAGCAGUGAAUGAUGGGUGGCAGGAAAGGUGUUGCUUUAUUUCUUUCAAGUUUAUGUUGAUUAUAAACUGUAGCCCCUGUGAUUUCUUUACUUGUAAAUGUGGAAUUUAUUUGUGUGUUGCUUUAUCCAAUUUGCUACUUUUAAAUCAUUUAAAAUGAGUUUUGGGUAUUGAUAAAAUUUAUCAUUAAGAAAGACUAUUGUUAGAAAGUUAUGGUGGGUGAUAAAAAACUUUGGUAAUUAAAUAUGAAACUUCAAAUAUAACUUCUCAGAGCCAUGGUCUACCUGUAUUAUUAAUUUCUGUGCCUGCUUUUGAGGGCAGAAAUAGAGAAAAUACCUUUUUUCCCCCAGAGUUUCAAAGUAUAUACAAUUCUAAAUUGUCUCACUGGAAACAAAGAUUAGCAUAAUUAGUAUAGAAUUAG